CUGGGUUGGGCCAUGGAUGGCUGAGGAGGACUAGGCCAGGGCUUGAGGAACAGACAUUCAUGGACAUUUGGCUUGGAUAGUCAGUGCCCAGUUCUAGCUGUCUUCACCCAGGGCUUUACUAGGAGUCCCUCAACCCUUUUUUUAUUUCCGAAGGGAGAUUUCCAUGGCUCCUGGGCUGCCUUCCACCCCAAGCUGGGCCAGCUGCCAGCGCCUGCCCAGCCUGCCCAGCCUUUCACAUCCGGCUCCCUCCCACCUCACUAGAGAGCCAACAUCUGUCUCCUGCAGAGCUAAUGCUUUCUUGUAGAGCCCCUUCUCCCCUCCUCUCCUUCAGAACCCAGCAUAUUCUUUUUCCCUCCUAAUUGUCCUCCCUGUUGAGGGUCUGGAAGGGCACCCUCCUUGGGGCUGCUUCUGGGUUUUUGGUGGGUUUCCGGGAAGUCCUGGUCAGUGGAAUUCGCACGAGUGACUUCCAUGGUCAUAGUAGCCCUGGCCCUAACCCGGGGCCGUGAGCUCCUGAUGAACCCCUCGCUGCCAGUUCCCUGGCAGUUACACCUGUCUCCUGGGCUCCAUUGAGGGUGGAGCCUACUGUUUCCCUGGGAGAGAGCUAAGACUGGCCCUAGAUAGUUGUUGGCAGAGUGGACUCACAAGGCCGACUACCAUAGGCCUUGGGUGGCGCACCCAGGCGGAGCAGCAAACCCCGUGAGGGUCGCCAAUCGCCCGGGCCAUCGCGACGCCAGGCACCGUCCUCACGGAACCCGCGUGACAGUCCAGGCGAGGCUGGGCGGAGAAGAAUGAGCGACGGACAGGUUGCGCGGGCUCCAAGCCACUUCCGGAAUCUAUUAUCCGUCUCCACCCGGACAUCUGCGGUCGCCACCGCGGCCUCAGUAAGCACAGGGCGGACGGAACAGGGCUCAGGCCCGGGGCAGUGAGGAGGAGGGCAGCUUUCUCCAGCUCCAGGCAGGGGCCCUUGGAACUGGACGACCCUGAUCCUCGUGUUCUGCAGCCAUGGAGCACGACGACCCUACCGAGGCGUUGACUGACCUGCAGGAGCGGCGGCUGGGCAUGCCGGAGCUGUUGCAGGUGGCAGCGGGUUCGGGGUUGGCUGCCUACGCCGUGUGGGCGCUGCUGUUGCAGCCUGGUUUCCGCCGUGUGCCUCUGCGGUUGCAGGUGCCCUACAUAGGUGCGAAUGCACGGCAAGUUGAACACGUGUUGUCGCUGUUGCGAGGACGCCCUGGAAAAAUGGUGGAUUUAGGCUCUGGUGAUGGCAGGAUAGUGCUGGCAGCUCACAGGUGUGGUCUCCGUCCGGCUGUGGGCUAUGAGCUGAACCCGUGGCUUGUGGGACUUGCCCGGCUGCAUGCCUGGAGGGCUGGCUGUGCUAGGAGUGUCUGCUACCAUCGAAAAGAUCUCUGGAAGGUGAGCCUCAAGGACUGUCACAAUGUGUCUGUAUUCUUGGCACCCAGUGUGCUCCCACUGCUGGAGAACAAGCUUCAAGUAGAGCUGCCUGCAGGGGCCCGUGUGGUAUCUGGACGCUUCCCCCUUCCUACCUGGAAGCCUGUGGCUGUGGUGGGUGAGGGCCUGGACCGAGUCUGGGCCUAUGAUGUCCAUGGUGCUGAGCAAAAUAUAUCUUCUUAGGGGGUACCCAUUAAGGUCAUCCCAGAGUCUUCCAUCCCCAAGGCCCCUGUUUCAUAGGCUGGUUGACUGGAUACAAUAAAGACUGGGUUCUAUCUUGA